AUGAAUAGUGUACCAAAAAUGGAGCUGGUCAAUGAACCUCUGCCACCUGCUUUGCAAACCAAUCAGAUACCAUUGGAAAGCGUGCAAUUGCGAGCUGCUUAUAGCCAUGUACGGAUUGGAACGUACGGUGCUACAGAAGCAUUCCCUAAGUGUAGUAAUCGACCACCGGUUGUUGAACAGUCACACAAGUGCAAAAAGAAUACUGGACCAGUCCUGAGGCUCUUGAAACGACGUCAAAAUUCAGCUUACUUCUCGACGAAAUCUUGUGAUAAUAUUUAUGCCGUUAAUAGGAAUUCCAAUUCCCUGGAUUGGCGUCUAGGAAAAUCUGUGAAUCACGAAGGAUUAAGAGCUUCCCAAAGUAACAGUCUGGACUGGAGAAUUGGACGCACAGUUACUUCAUGUUCUAAUCAACUUGAAAUGCAAGGAGAAACUCGUAGUGCAGAGCAACUAUCCAGAAGUAUUCCUUCAACUCCAAACAACUUACAAGCUUCCAAUGCAAAGUCCAAGCUGGUCUCUUUUUUGAGACGACUUUCACCCCGUCUUUCAAGGCUCAGUAAGAAUUCGCUGCAAUCAUCUCCAGUAAUUUGCCCGUGGGUCCAAGUUGAGUAUACCGCAAAGUCAGUCGCUGAAAGUAGAAGAGAAAAUUCUCAAGAAAGUGAUGCAAGUUUCCAGCAUGAACUAGAGAUGAAUGAGCUCAGGAAAAAAAGAGCGGAAUACUCUAUUUCUUCCUGUGCCCCAAAGACGUCUGGUAUAAAACCGCAAUCUGUCGAUGACCAACAAGCAUCUUUUCCUAGUAUUCGUGUUGAUGGACCAGAAAAUCCCUACAUCGUAGACAGCGCACGGUCUGUUCACAACGAACGUGGAGACCAUCGUAGCACAGUGGUUCACAGUGAAGUGGCGGGCCUGGAAAGCGAGACCACGAGGGAAGGCUGCACCGCCGAAGUGGUACCAGGUGAAGGAAACACCAGGCCCACCCUUCGCCUAAGGCCACUGUCCCUUGCAGUUCAGCCCUUGCAUUAUUAUCAGCUGAACUCUGACGCUACAAGUAAACACCUUAACAUGACCAGCCAGGAGAGCAUCGGCAGUUGUAGUCUCGACGUGGAUACUUCGGCCUCGGACCGAUCAGAUACAGCAGUAGGUUCUGUCUCAGAUAAAACCUUGCACAGCCUAAAUCUCUCUUGUAACGGUGAGCUUACUCCAUCUCCUGAUAUCGCAUCAAACGGUAAAGGAGAUACAAUAUUAGAGGGAAGUUUGGACGCAAACAAAGAGAACAUAAGCAACCUUCAUAAUGAGAGCUCAGAACCAGAACACCUGACAGCCAAAAAACCAUCCUACUUGGGUCUUGCCUGUAGUAUAAGCGGCUACUCUGGUAUUACGAGAUACGAUAGCAAAUUACGAGAGGGAUUUAGAUCUAGAGAUACUAGUCCAGGAACCAGACUUAUCACUCGAGAUACGAGUCCUGCCGGUUUCAGAUCCAGUGAAAAUUUGAGUCUGCCCACUCAGCCUCCUUCAAAAAGUUUAUCAAUUUCUCCACUUGCCAUGGAGCGUCAAAAUGGUUUCUCAAAUGGUGUCAAAGAAGAGUAUAAAAUUCACACAUACGUUGAAACCAGAAAUUCAAUAAGCACCUGUCAAGGAUUCAGCGAAGUGGACAAAGGUGUUCCCCUUCAUACGACUUUUGCUGAUAUCAGCCCAAUUAGAGGAAAUCAAGAUAUAUCACCGAUUAAAAAAAGUCCUGGGAUGAUCAGAGUAGUAGCUUCUAGUCAACAGAAUACAAGUUUCAUGUCUAAUGUCUCCGAAACGUCACCGAGAUCAAUGAGUUACAACAUGUCAAAUACUUCAAUGACAGAAAUAACUAUGAACAAUUGCUCGUCUAUGGAAUCGGAAAGCCUAACGUUUAAUUCAUCAUUAAACAGUGAAAAGUCUUUCAUUCAACAGAGGGUGGAGCGAUUGUAUGGACCUGGUGCACUGGCGCAAGGAUUUUUUUUUAAACGUAGUGCCAGUAAAUUGAAUACAAGCGAUUGCUUUUUAAAUAAGUCCUUGAAUAAUAACAAUGAUGUAUCAAUUGACGGUGUCAAAGAGGAAGAAUCCCUAAAAUCUUUGCCAGUUCUGAGACAUCUCAGGCCUGAAUUUCGGGCACAGUUACCAGUCGUCAGCCCAAGAAAGCCAACCGAUGGUAGUGAGCAAGUUAUAAAAUCGUUACAAAGAGUGACUUCAUCUAUUCAGAAAAAUGAAGAAAAAAGUAAAGUCGUCACAACCGCUGCAGAUCUGAAUAAUUCUAUAGGAAGGAAUGACUCGAUUGUAAACUUGAAACCAAGUAUGACAAUCCUGAAAAAUAUUCCCGACCAGCAACCAGCUGCGUUGGAAGUGGUGUUGCCCGUUCUGGAACCCAGUGCAAGCUUCCAUAAUAUAGCAAAGCAUGUUCAGGAAGUAGAAAAGGCUGAUGAGGAAAAAGAUGGUCACUAUUUUAUGAAGAUGCUAAAGGCGGAGACAGACAGGUUAUUGUCCUUAGCUGCAUCUGCGGAAGCUGAACUAGCAGGUGGUGAUCCAACUGUUCUCCCCGAAGAAGCAGCUGGGAAGUUAAGAUCAGCAGCUGGCAAAGCUAGGCUACUAGCAACUCAAAAAAUGCAGCAAUUCGAAGGACUCUGUCAAAAGAAUAUUAACCAAAUUCCUGGUGAAGAAUUCCCAACGACCAAUGAAGACUUAGCUGGCUUUUGGGAUAUGGUGAUGCUUCAAGUUGUUCAAGUCAAUGAACUAUUUGAUCAGAUUCAGAGACUAAAAGACUCGCAAUGGAAAGAGGUUAUUCCAGAUUCUAAAGUCAUUACAUCCUUACCUCAAAAUGGCAGCAGCUCUAAGCGUCGUGUUAAUGUUCCAAACAAAGCAAAAGCAACUGCAAACAGUGAAGCGAACCGAAAGGCUCGCGAAGCUCGUGAACAAGCUAGGCGUCAAAUGCUAGAGGAACGGAGACGUGCGAUGCGUUCAGCACAAAAUAAAGAUCAAAGGAAUGCAGAGUCUGUGAAAAUUUUUGUGCCCGAAACGUAACGGUGAUUCAGCAUGAAAAUAGAACUCAUACUAAUUUGAAAAGGGCAGUUCACACUAUUCAAGAUCAAAUGUAUUCGACGACUACUUAAACGGCUUGCUAAUGCUACGACAAACAUCACGAUUUUGGUGUUAGGUGCAUUCACAUCUCAAAUUGUAACAUUUUGUAACAGUAUUAAAUAUAAUUAAUCGUGAAAAAUUCGAGAUGACCCAAAACCUCACGAAUAGUGAGAGUUUACCGAUGAAAAUUGUCUUUUAAUAUUUUUAUUGUCCUAAAGGAGGAUUGGUGGAUGUUACUUAUGAUAUUUGUUAUGCUUGACUGUAAAAAAAGUGAGAGAAAAAUGGAUCCUUCAUUAUUUUGAUGGCAUAGUUUAGUAUUACUGCAAGAUUUGGAAAAAAAAUUCUAAUUUGCGACUGAAAUAAUUAUCGAAACAUGAAAUUUGGAUGUACAGUUCUCAGAUGUGAUAAUUUGUUGCGGUUUGUAAAAUUUGAUGUGAAUUAAUUAUACGCAACACCAUCGUCUGUAUAAAAUGUAUCUUCGUCGGCAUGGUGCGUUCCAUUUUUUUGCGCAUAGACAGAUUUUUUAUAAUUGAAAACUUAAAUUAAUUAUUGACGUUAAGGUACUUUAGCUAUUUAAAUUUUUUCUAUCGCGAGCCUAAUGAUUACUUAGUAACUUAUAUUAUACAUGAUAGUAAAUUAUGAAAGAAAUUGUAGGAAUAAAAAAUGAUUGAGUUUGUUUAAUUUGUAUAAAUAUUCUUGUAAUGAAAUCUUAAAUUGGUGCGAAGUUACAUGUUAUGUAUAUAUUUAUGGUAUUAAUGUUGCAAAUACGCACGUCUCUGCUUGUGACAAUUUAUUCUAAACUCGUUUGAGCGUUAAAAAUGGCAAAAGAUUCCUAUUGUUAUAAAUAAAGAUGUCACUUUUUGUUUGUGUCCGGAAUAUUCGCGAUGUUCUAUACAUGUGGGGAUGUCAUUAGUAACACGUGCUGGAUUCUCUGUUGCCGAGCACGCACUUUCUUCUAUCUCUUAUCCGCGUUACAUGAGAGAAAGAUUGACAUGAUAGCAAGUUUUUAAAAAAACUGACCCCUGAAAACUGAAGGUACACGCUUGUUAAUAUUUGCAUAAAUAUAUGUCAUGUUGAGCUUCUCGUUUAUGGUAUUCAGGAUUACAGAGGACACUCCAUCAUACAUAGUGUGAAUUAUUAACGUGGAAAAAAAAUUAAAAGUAAAAAAUUAAAUACUUGAUUAUAUAGAGGUUACUGCAGAACAAGUCAGCAUAUUCUUUGUAAAUUUUUUUUUUGUUAUAUGACAGUUAGUUUUAAAAUCCAGGCCGACAGCUGUGAAUUUUUAGUUGAUAGUCAUCAUCCAUAUAACAAAUCAACGAAUACUCACAUACUUCAAUUCUAGAACUCUAUCAAACCUUCCAAGAAACUAUGAGUUAUGACAAAAAUAUCCACAUCCAAAGAGUCAGUUCCUAGCUAUUAUGUGUCGUUACGUUACUUUGGCACAUCUACAUGCAAAAAUAUUAGGAUAAAUGACAAAUUACAUGCAAUGGAUGGAUUAGCUACAUUAAGGCCCUAGUCUAGUCAUAAAAAUAGGUGCAGAUGAAAACAAACACAGGCAUAGAUUUGUGAUGCAUGGGAUACACAGAAUUUACCUCAAGUCUAGAAAUCAUUGUUCCCAAUUUCUCUUGCCGUACCAGAUAUUGAAUGGUCGACAGUGCCUGUUUCGUAGCCACAAUAAUGACACCAAUGAUAGAAGUUGUAAAUUAAGAAAAAGAAUGUGAUGAGUGAAGGAAUUAUUGGAUAUCAAUUUGUAUCUACUUUGAGGGAUGGUCGAAAUCUUUUAAAGAUGCGAUUUCAAAAGCUAUGAAAAUACAACUUAAGUUUUAUAAUUCAACAAGAUUUGAUCGUCGACAUUACGAUUUUGUGUUUGUGUUUGUGUUGAAAUAAACUGUACUAGGACCUUAAAAUAUUCGAACAUCAACGAUGCGCUGACAUUCUGAAAAUUUAUCGUGUGUAAUAUCUUUAUAUCAGAUGUUACUUUUUUCAAUAGAUUUUUGCAUUGUUAUGAAAUAUGUGGUUCUGAAUCAACUGAAUCUCUUGAAAAAAGUACUGAAACGAAUUAAAAUUACCUAAUAUAAAACUUGAAUUUGAAAGUAAUAAAUUGUUCAUAUGUUUCGAAAUUUCCAUAUUUAUGUCGUUGAUUAUUAUCGGUUACAUACAUUGACACGUAGAAAUUUUUAUACGCUUGCAAACGUUAUGAUGCAGUACCAAUGGCUCUCUCUAUAUCUGUUUGCUGUUCUUUGCACCGAAUCGAAUUUUAUCCGAAAACUUGGUCCCUAAAAUAAACAUGUUCAAAGGCAUGUAGGCCAAAUAUAAUCAAUUCCUCAGAUUUUGAUAAUUUUUGACUAAUUUUCAUAAUAAUUUGGGAAAGUUACAUAAAUAUACAUAUACGUUACUGUUGAAUUUGAGAGAGCACAGCACAUGAGUUGAAAGAAACAAUCUAAUUACAUUUCGGAUAUAGCAUGAUACAAUAUGCAUAUUCUUUUAUUAACAUAAGUUUCUAGGGUAUCACUGUUUCCUGUUUUUACUCCUCAAUGCAACAUAGUUGUUAUAAUUUUAAACAUAGUUAUACAAUAUCAUGACAUUUCAUAGACAUUACGCGCCACUAGAAUUGUAAAUAAGACAAUUAAUUUCCCCAAGAGUGAGUAAUUGUACAUCCAAUUUUUGGAUUUUACAUAUUAUACCUAUUUUGCAGAAUUAUAUCAACCUGCGAUUAGUACUUCUUAUUUGUUAUUAGUAAAUUAUUUACAGACAUCUCAUUUUCUACAAGAAUCUAUACUCUUUGGAAUAAACCCACUGUACAGAACAUGUCUAAAGUGAGACACAAAUUCUUCGGCUAAUCUUCGAUAAAAUAAAUUUGAUCUACCAGUUUUUUCCCGAUGGAUUUAGGCCUCGCUUUGGACACCUGUCUACUCGUUGUACACGGUCACAUUUUUUAGUUGACUUAUUUAUAAUACAAAUUUUAUUGUUAAACACCUCCUUCGGUAUCUGCUGGGUGACAUUGGUUGAAAAAAUCACCAAACGUAGCCAACAAUAUAGUUGAACAACAACGGAGCCCAAAUUUUCAACGCUGUACAUAUAUCAUGAAAAUUCAUUCUCUACUGAAUAGAGAGAAUCAAAAUAAUUUGCUCUCGCAUAUCGUAUGUAUCCCACUCUAGAGUUGCCUUGGAGCAGAAAGCUCGUGAAAUUUUCGAAAUUAUCCAAAGCCUGUUCCAAUGAUUAAUUUCAACUCAAAACAUGCGAUUUACAGGCCUUGAACAUGCGUCGUAGACACUUUGAAUUUUAAUUAUGAUUACUGUGUCCGGUGUUGGAUAUCUCGGGUCGAGUUUCUCCGUUCUUACAAAUAUGAAGCCGUUUACCUAUUUUGUGAUAAAGUUCUGCGAGAAUAGAUGACCAAAUGAUUUUGGCAUCGCUAUGGGCAUUGCAGCUGGGCUAAUAGAAUAGAAAAAGUGGCUUCAUGCUUUGAGAUUUAAAUAACGUACCAAGUUCACGUUGGCGUAAUCAUCAACCAAUGUCACACGAUCCAUUUUAUCGUCAUGAAAUUGAAAAGAUUUGAAAUUAUGGUAAUUGCAACAAUCCAGUGGUUGUAUGCUUCUAGAAAUAUAUCUUCCUAGUUGUUAAGGAUUAUCGAAAACAGCUAUGAGCCAUUUCAAUUAAAUACUUCAACAAAAAUAAUUUGAAAAUACAACACACUGUAAUAUUUUUUAAUAAAUAAAUUAAUGUUCUCUUA